UGGUUUUUGGGAGUGGUACGAAAAUCAAUCUGCGCUUCCCCACCCGCCCAGCUACACUAGAAAGUUUAUGAGCGUUUACACGACUGACUGCUCCCUUUGCACUCGUGGAUUAUACCCGCAAUUUAAAAGGGACAAUCUCCAUUGAUAUCUGACCUUUAACCUAUCAAGGCUGGAUUUGUGUGCUCACCCCUCUGGAGCGGAACCACUGCCACCACAGUCACUGCCGUGCUGCCAUUGGACGAGGACGCUGCUCUCGCUGCCCGAGCACCUAGACACCGGCAAGUUCUUCAUUGAGGCUCCCACAGAUAUCUGAUUUAGAGAUGGACAGCAGCAACAUGCCACUUUUACCUCUGCUUCUACUCUGCCUUGCCAUCGCCACUUCAGCAUCCCAGCAGACGUGUGAGCCAGUGAAGGUUCCUGACAACCAGAAUGCCUGGAUCAGGGUGAGGGAGAUGCCAACAGGCUGCUGGACCAGCUACACCACUAAGGACAGUAAAGAGGUGCACAUCCUCAGCCUGCACUUCCUUCCUGGGGCUUCCACCAUGUUUGAUCUAAACAUGACCACUGCCAAGCCAAUGCACCUCAUCAUCACCACAGACUCAGAGCAGGUCAUAUACUUUCUGAACAAUGUUAACGUGGAUGUCAGCUUAUACGUGGGCAACAACUCCAAUAUAAUGUUUUAUGGUUCAAAAGGCAACAUCCAUAGAAAAGCGCUGCCCACAGACAACGAAGAUCUAGUGAGGUGGGCCACCGAGGAGUUUGGUGGGGUGACGUCUUUCACCACCUUCCAGAACCCAACGAGCAUCGCUUCCACAGGGAGAGAGGGAACAAGACUCCUUCCAACUGGCUCCAACAACUGUACACUUGAAAAUGAAUGGCACUCCCUCAAGCACUAUCUGACAUUCAAAUCAAACAUACCUUCAUCGAUCAAGUCCUGCUCGAACCAGCCUCUCAACAGUCACACUGAGAAAGAACUAUAUAUCGUUAACAUCCCUGAGGAUGUCAGCAUUCGCUAUGUCUCUGUGCACGUCAUCAGUGAGAGGCAGAUCAGUCUGUUCCUAAGAGGUCCCCAGGGUACCACGUGGAGCAUCCAUGACCCACAGCACACCAGCUUCUUUUCUAACAACGUGAUCAUGCUUGCUGCCACCAACAUGAUGCAUACGAUCCCUCCCACGGUCGUCAUCACCACAGACAGUGCCGAUGCUGUACAGAAGAAGGCCUUGGACCAUUUCAAAGCAAGCACCAUCACAAGCUACUCUGAGAUCCGAACCGAGGGCACCAUGGUCACACUGGUCCUGGGGAAUAAUGACCACACACCAGUCACAGAGACUGCACCCACCGAGACCACCCCAUCGCCCCCUAGCCCCCCUCAGAUGCCUCUGAUCAUGCAGCUGUACACCUCUCCAGACUACCGCUCCCCCCUGGACCUCAACGCCAAGGUGCAAAGUGACAAGAGGAUCUACGCAGAGAUCUCAGGGAGGAUGCUGGGGGAGAUUGUGCUGACCAUCGAGGUGAUCAACUGCUCGGUGCGUUCCAAGGGCUCAUGCCCGGUGGUCAGAGACAUGCCCUUCAGGUCAGAGAUGUGCUCCUCCACCAUGUGCCCCAACAGUACCAGGGUUAGCUUCUCCCUGGAGCUGCUCCAUGACCUGGCGUCCACUAGCUGGGACCUGGAGUGCUCCGUCAAACUCUGCUUCAGUGAGAAAUGUGGAGAUGGAGGAAGAGUGAAGAGGAAUUUGGAGGUCACCCAGACAUACAUCCCACCACCAACUGUGUGUAUUGACUUUGGUCUGUCAGCCGUGCUGGGCAUUGCUUUCGGAGGCUUCCUGAUCGGAGUUCUGCUUAUUGGAGCUCUGUGGUUCAUCAAGAUCCGCACAGGAUACCCCACCGGACUGGAUGUCGGGUCGACUGCAGUAAACCUCUCAGGAUGUCCUUGCUCUCUGACCAGCAAACGGCAACCCGUUUCUACGAACCCCUCCCCCUCUGAGAACAGUAGUGCUAAUGCCAGCAUUGGCAGCACUCAGAGCACGCCAACCAGCAGCAUGGCAUGAGAUCAUCAGCAUCACCGUCUCCCCUUUCCGACACCCCGAGGGGCCUUGUGCUAUUUGGUCGCUCUUUCACCAUGCUUAAGAAAGCAUUACCCCCCUCUCUUUAGUCACACCACAAACACGCACCCGCUCUCACCCGUAACCCCACCUGAUAGUGGUGAGGUCGGGGGCGGGAAGGGGUGGGAGGAGCAGGAACGGGAGGGUGGGGGGCGGCUCUAGUCUAGUCUAGGCACCUAACAUUCACCUCUCUAGCCUCCCAGCAAAAGUUCCAGACGGAAAGUCAGCGAGGGUGAAAAAAAAAGACCCCGGCUCCCAGCAACAGGAAAAACAAAGCAUAUCCCCUAAGAACUAACAGGAAAUUCAUUGCAUUCUUCUCAAUAAAUUGUGCCUCUCUGAUGGCGGCACAAUAAGAGUCAGUCAGUGAAAAAAAGAGACAAAAGAUUGACUUUUAAAAACAUUAUUAGAGAAACUGUUUUUGUCUCUCAACAUCCACAGUUGUUAUGAUUGGAAAUGUCAGGGCCCCUUAUUGUAGGCAAUUUAGAGAUAGAUUCUGGACUGACACCUGCUCUAUCACAUUGAAUGUAGUUUUAAUUCAAAUUGUAUUACUGUAUAUGGGUGGCUGGAAGACACCUUGUCAGAUUUGAAGACUUUAGACAGAUCAACAAAGCUAAAAUAUCCAAUGUUCUCCUCCAAUACCAAGGGGUAUCUGUCUUUAUAUGAGUCAGGAAAGAUUGGGAAAAGGCUACCUCUUAAUUUAUGUAGAUGUCGGAUUGUUAAGCACAAGCAUGAGAAUGGGUUAUUCUGGUGAGCUAGUCAGAUACCUUAUUUUUUUGUUUCUCUCUUUCAUUCCGUUUCACUUGAGUUACAAUGCAUUCAGAAAGUUCAGACCCCUUCCCUUAUUCCACAUUUUGUUACAUUACAGCCUUAUUCUAAAAUUGAUACAAAUAUUUUAAAAACUCAUCAAUCUACAAACAAUACCACAUAAUGACAAAGUGAAAACAUGUUUUUGCUCAUUUAAAACAAAAUGAUUUACUUAUUUACAUAAGUAUUCAGACCCUUUGCUAUGCGAUUCUAAAGUCAGCUCAGUUGCAUCCUUUUUCCAUUUAUCACCCUUUUCUACAACUUGAUUGGAGUCCACCUGUGGUAAAUUACAUUUAUUGGACAUGAUUUGGAAAGGCACACACCUGUCUAUAUAAGGUCCCACAGUUGACUGUGCAUGUCAGAGAAAAAACGAAGCCAACAGGUCAAAGGAAUUCUUCUUGGCGCUCCGAGACAGGGUUGUGUCAAGGCACAGGUCUGGGGAAGGGUACCAAAACAUUUCUGCAGCAUUGAAGGUCCCCAAGAACACAGUGGCCUCCAUCAUUCUUCAAUGGAAGAAGUUUGGAACCACCAAGACUCUUCCUAAAGCUGGUCUCCCAGCCAAACUGAGCAAUCAGGGGAGAAGGGCCUUGGUCAGGGAGGUGACCAAGAACCUGAUGGUCACUCUGACAGAGCAUCUGAGUUCCUCUGUGGAGAUGGGAGAAUCUUCCAGAAGGACAACCAUCUCUGCAGCACUCCACCAAUCAGGCCUUUAUGGUAGAGUGGCCAGACUGAAGCCACUCCUCAGUAAAAUGCACAUGACAGACUGCUUGGAGUUUGUCAAAAGGCACCUAAAGGACGCUGACCAUGAGAAACAAGAUAAUCUGGUCUGAUGAAACCAAGAUUAAACUCUUUGGCCUGAAUGCCAAGCGUCACGUCUGGAGGAAAUCUGGCACCAUCCCUACGGUGAACAAUGGUGGUGGCAGCAUCAUGCAGUGGGGAUGUUUUUCAGCGGCAGGGACUGCAAUACUAGUCAGGAUCAAGAGAAAGAUGAACGGAGCAAAGUACAGAGAGAUCCUUGAUGAAAGCCUGCUCCAGAGCGCUCAGGACCUCAGACUGGGGCAAAGGUUCACCUUCCAACAGGACAAUGACUGUAAGCACACAGUCAAGACAACCCAGGAGUGGCUUUGAGACAAGUCUCAGAAUGUCCUUGAGUGGUCCAGCCAGAGCCCGGACUUGAACCCGACCAAACAUCUCUGGAGAGACCUGAAAAUAUCUGUGCAGCUACGCUCCCCAUCCAACCUGACAGAGCUUGAGAGGAUCUGCAGAGAAGAAUGGGAGAUCAUACCUAAAUACAGGUGUGCCAAGCUUGUAGCAUCAUACCCAAGAAGACUCAAAUAUGUAAUUGCUGCCAAAGGUGCUUCAACAAAGUAAUGAUUAAAGGGUCUGAAUACUUAUGGAAAUGGUAAUAUUUUUUUAAUUUGUAAUAUAUUUGCAAAUAAAAAACAGUUUUUGCUUUGUCAUUAUGGGGUUGUGUGUAGAUUGAUGAGGGGGAAAAAAACAAUUUAAUACAUUUUAGAACAAGGUGGUAACGUAACAAAAUGUAGAAAAAGGGAAGGUGUCGGAAUACUUUCCAAAUGCACUGUACAUCAUAUUGUUUUGCUCCAAGCCAUCUGUUACAUACAAGCAGAAUGUAUAACUAAAUGUCCAUGCAUGUCAAUGUUACUUAGGAGCCUUUGCGUAAUGAAUAGUUUUUAUAGUCCAUUUAAAAAAAUAUAUAAUAUUUAUCUGAAAUUGUAUUAUGUCUAGCUAGAUAGAGACACAUUUUACUUUCCUCAAUGCAAACUAAAGUCAACCCCAAAGCAAGUUUUUACCAAAAACAUUGUGAGAUUUGUAAAGACCAACAAAAAAAAUAUGAAAAAUUAAGAUUUAACAUCUAAAUGAUUGAACUCAGGAAAAACUAUAUUUGGCAUUAUCGUAAUUUCAGGACAAAUGAUUGAUGUUCAGUGCCAAGAAAAAUGGAAAUCAGAUGUGAUAGAUGGUUGAACCGUAAAUGUAAACCCAUUCUGUGUGUAAUUGUACAAAUGUAAAUGUAUUAUUAUUGUAUUGCCUCUUUUUACCUCUUUGAAAAUGCUCUCACAAUACAAAGAAAAGCUUUGUGAUUAUGACCUGCUGGGUAUAAAGACAUUCCCUUCAAACAUUCCAUUCAGCCAUGUCUCUGAAAGAAACAGCAAUACUGUACCAAAAGUAUACAGUUUGUAUAAUACUUUUUAUGUUUUUAUUGUUAUAAUUGUACUAGUUAUUGUUCAUGACACAAACGUAUAUUUGUUGAGUAAUUAAUUAUUAAUUAGUCAUUAAUUUGUUUUGAUACUGUCACCAAAAGCAGCCAUCUUAAAACCAAGUGAGCUUCCUCAACCAAACACACUGUUUUGAAUGGACCAAUAUGUUUUUUUCCCCCACCUAAAUAAUUAUGUAGCUAACUAAUAAUGCAUUGUGUGUGUGUUUCUAUGUGCAUGUGUGAGUGAGUGAGUGAGUGAGUGAGUGAGUGAGUGAGUGAGUGAGUGAGUGAGUGAGUGAGUGUGAGUGAGUGAGUGAGUGCAUGCAAGUGUGCAUGCUCUAACUUAUUCCGUUCAAAUAUAUACAUAUAUAGAUAUAUAUUAAAUCAAAUAGCUUACUACACACCCCAAAACCUUUAAAAUGUUCAAAUCAAGAGGCUAUUGCGCAGAAAAAUGUGGACAGUCGGGUGCAUUGCAAAUUCAGAACCUCUGGACAGCAACAUAAUAAACUGAAGCACUGAUCAUUGGGAGCGAGAUCAGAAAUAGGUAUCCUCACCUACAAAACUAAAACACCCCAUAUAUUCAAAUGAAAAGUCCUGAUUUAACAUGACAUUAAUAACACCGCCACAUCCUGAGUACCCGGUGCCGACACGUUCAGAAAUCAAAAGAUGGUUUGUGCAAUAGACCGCUGCGCCACUCGGGAGGCCCCAUUGAAGCUAUUAUGAGCCAAAACUUUUAACCCACAAUAGUCAGCAUAUAAGGGGAGCACUGGCGUCCCACUGUAUUGAACCUCCACAGGCAAGCAACUGUGAAUGAAGGGAGUGUUGUAGUAUCAGACAGUCUGUGACAGCUAGACUCUCUGAGAGUACUGACAGAAAGCAGGGUAAAUCAGAUGGGCUGUCAUUUAAUCCGGUUGUUAACCCAGCAGAUUCUGGCCCAGCCUCUGACAAGGGCUUCCUCUGCUCAUAGAUACACAUGAGCCAAGCAAUCCUCAACACACGCCACUUGUCCCUUUCUCACAAUGCUAGACACUCGCAAGGCGAGGCGAGCAGACUGUGUGUAUGUGUGUGUUGAAGACAGAAUAUGUGCAUGUAUUACGAGAGAGAGUGUGUGUGUGUGUGUGUGUGAGAGAGAGAGAAAGUGAGUGUUUUUCUUUCUGGAGGUGUCUUUGUUUAAAUCCAGAAAGGAGAGGGACUUAGGAAGUGGUUAUGAGCUUUUUGUUAUUGAGUGAUACACUCAACGCAGCUCUUGAGUUGGGAGGCUCCCAAAAACGUACAAGGUCUAAGUGUGGAAGAUAAAUAUCAUCCAAUAUGCAAUUGAAAUCACAUAAAAAAGGGGAUUACUUUUUUUGUUUUAUCACAUUUCUUUGUAACUAAUAUAACAUCUAAAAACUGAAUACAUUGAAACUCAUCUGGACAGACAGGAAUAAUAACAUUACCAAGUAUCUUAACCCUUGAAAUAUAUUCACAGGAAUACAUUUUUCUGUUAUCUAUUUUUUUCCUAUAAGCAGCAACAUGAAGUAAUUUCCCUCAUUUUGAUCUGUACUGGGCUGCUGUGUUAAAAAUAAUGCCUUAGAUUAAAGGCCUGUUUGUGCCUGGGUAUAAUGUGUCUAUACAGGAUGUCACCCUUCAGGAUUGUUAACAACGUUGUUAGUCUGUCAUCUUAACAAAAUUACUGCUCCAAUUCUAUGCAUGGAUGAAAAAUGCAGGGAAUUCCAUAACCCUGGCUAAAGUGCCUUUUAUGGUGCACUGAACAAAUACAAAUGAUACCGUAUGUUGUCUUUUGAAAAGUAUAUAUGUUUUUUUUUGUGUAUCAACCGUCUUAAUAAAAUUAGUUUAAGAAACUGA